GAUUUAAAAUAGCAUUAGAUAGGCAGUGCAGAGUCAGUCGGGCUCGAAGAACGAGUAGUAGUCGUCGUCCAACCGUGUCAGCGAUUGAGCGAAUUGAAACUACACAGUACGUGGCACGUGACAUAUCAUACAGAAUUACGGUAAUUGUGGUGACUCGAAUCGACCGCUUUGCACGCUGAUAAACGACGCGAUCAUUACGUGAUCUAAACGAAUCGAUCUAUAUCCAACGAGAGGAGCAUCCAGACCCUCUCUCGUUCUCUAUCCUUCCUCCUUUCCGCUUCUCGUCAUCGAUCACCUCUCACAAAUGUCACGUUUCUUAUCAUCGACGUGCGUGUGUUUUCUUGUCGUUUCAUGGAGAAAAGAAAAAAAAGAAAGAAAAUAUACAUUUUCGUCUUCUUUCUGCGAAGGAUUGCCCCUUUUUUCUCUCCCUCGACUAUAAUCUGACCACACGGGAACCAUGGGGACAUUUCUUCGUUUCCUUGGGAUCACGAACGACGAUAACAGAAUCGAUCAGGCGACGGGAUUGACGGAGAGACAAAAGAAAUUAGUGCAGAACACGUGGGCUGUGAUUAGAAAGGACGAAGUUGGCUCUGGAAUUGCUGUGAUGACCGCAUUAUUUAAAAAGUAUCCAGAGUACCAACGAUACUUCACCGCUUUCAUGGACACCCCGUUGAACGAACUACCGGCUAACAAACGGUUUCAAGCUCAUUGUGCCAGUGUAAUUACGGCCUUAAAUAAUGUUAUCGAUUCCUUGCACGACCCAGGAUUAAUGGAGGCGAGCCUAAUUGGUUUGGCCGAGAGGCAUAAAAAACGCGGCCAAACGAAAGAAGAAUUUCAGAAUUUGAAAGAGGUGAUGUUGGAAGUUCUUCGCCAAGCAUUGGGAAGACAAUUUACACCGGAAGUGGCCGAGGCGUGGAGCAAAACACUGGAAGCGGUGUUCACGAAAAUUUAUCAGGUUUUCGCUUCUUGAAGGGAGAACUUCGAUUUAUCCACGAAGACGAUUCAUCUUUAAUUGAAUAGUCACUGAGAAUUAAAUGUUGUAUAUAAAAUGCACUAUUUUACAUAAUCGCACGAUUAGAACGCGUUCGAUCAACAUGAAAGAAAAAACAAAAAGUGUC